AUGAGCAGAAACGUCUACCCUGUCAUCAACCUCACCGUGACGAUCUGCUGUCUCUUUGUUUUGGUUUACGGGCUAGAGACCGCCUCCAAAGUCAGGAGAGCUAUGCAGAACAGACUCGACCAAAAAGACAAAAACAGUUCUUUUCUCUCUGACAAGGACUUGAGAAUUAUCAAAAUGAUAACUCUGGUUACUCUGUCCUCAGUUAUUUGUAACCUCCCUUUGUUUUUCAUCUCCAUUUUCCGACUAGUUUUCCCCGAAUUUGACGCCGGAAAAAUGUACAGCCAGUUGUUUAAUUUGGUGAACUUUAUCGGGAGCUUCACCGUCUGGUUCAACCUGUCCAUUAAUUUUGUCAUUUACUACACCUACAACACGCAGUUUAAAACCACGCUGAGGUCCCUGUGUUCUACCGGGAGUCCGCUCUAUUACAGCGGGAAGAAAAAAUCUCUGUACUGA